ACUUUAAAGUGAAUCAUAUGUUCAAAUUAUAAUUUCGAUUUCAUUUGAUUGAUUGUGUUUUUUGUUUGUUAUUUAAAAAGAAGACGUAAUUAAAUUUUGCUUUUAAUUGUUUUUUGUACUUGUGGAUCUCAACUUUUUCAACAUGGAAAGAAAAAAACCUUCUACUCAGGAAGAUAAAGAGAAAAAAGAAGACGAUCUUGCUCGACCUGCUGGUCAAAGGCCACCGAUUGAUCCUUUGGUUGAUUCAGGUUCUAAUUUACGUGGACCACCUAUUGUGAAUAUUGGUCGUGCUGAUCUUGAUCCUUUUGCUGGAGGAGUUGGUGGUGGAAUGAUUUUCGAUCCAAAUGAUCCAAGUCAUUUUAUUCAACCCAAUCGGCCUCAAUUUCCUGGAAUGGGUCAUUUCCCUUCCCCCUCUGGAAUGAUUCCUCAGCCUCCUUUAGGUGCUCGUUUUGACCCUUUCGGUCCUGGUGGUACACCCGGACGUGGAUUAAGAGGUGCAAGGCCUAGAGGAGGAGGUGGACAUUUUCAGGGUCCAGGUAGAGGCCCUGAUAAUGACCAUAUGAGACCUGAUGGAUGGGAUGAUGCUUUCAUGUAGUAUUUUUGAUCAACAGUUAUAGUAGCCCAUCAAUUUUAAUUGUACUGCACAAUUAAGCUAUUAAAUUUCUCAACUUGCUCCAUGUAAAGAUCAUCUAACUAAAAAUCAUUCUUGUAAAAAUUGAUCAAUUUUGUCAAAGUGUAAUUUUUAUCCCGAAAAAAGAAACGAUGAAUACAAAAUCUUUUUAUAAGAUUA